GACAAAAACAAGAGAGGGAAUUAGAUCAGAGACUUUUCAGAGCUCCAGUUUAGAGAUACAGGGAUAGCAGACAAAUUGUUUUUACCAACAAAGUGAAUGCUCUUGACGAGUAUUUCUGACAUCUCUGAUGCCUGAGGAACUGCAAAUCCUUUCAACAGGUACCAAGAGCUAUUAUUUAGAAAUAUGUUGUAGAUGCUGGGUUGAAUUUGUUUCUGGUGUGUUUUGCCUGGGUUUGCACUCAUGAGACAUUGUACCCCCUCACACAAGUGCAAAAAGAAAUUCCAUCAGGGUAUUUCAUACCUAGGAUGUAUAAAUGUAUUUGUACAUAGAGUAUAAUGGGUGUUCUGUAAUCUGCAGUGUGUAUAUGACAGCAUGCAAUGUUUCUGCUCCUUAAGUGUGAGAAACCAGGAGUACAUCCACAUUGCAGGUAUGAGAACAGCUGCAGCAUAGUGCAGUUUGAACUAGUUUGUGGGGAAAAGUGGGAGCAAUCUUAAAACAGCAGCUCACAGCUCUGCAAUGAUAAUUUAUGCUUUCCUUUGUCCACAUGGUGAAUACAGUGUGGACAGGCUGAGAUGGGAAACUUUGCUGUUACACUUUUUCUUUGUUCCUGAAAUGUACUGUCCCUCGAAAUCUGGGGUCUUUCUUUAAGGACUUGUUUGCUUUUUCCUCUAUGAGCAAUUGCGAUUCUGUGAUGGUCUUGGGAGGGGGCUGGGGCUUCACCAGGCUGACUUUCCCAAGCGCUGGAGUAAGGAGCAGGAGGCGGGGAGCUACUGGUAUGAGCGCUCCCAGUGCAGCCACUGCCGCAGCUGCUCAGGCAGCGAUGGGAUCCGGACAGGAUCCCUGCAGCGACACUGUCCAAGUUAUGUUCUCAGGGAAAAGGGGUUGGGAAACUUGUGCCCUGCUGUGUCUGUCCCACGAACCAGGAAGGGCGGACCUUGUUCUGCUGGAACAGUCACUUCGGCAUCUCACGUCUGUCUGAAGCUUCUGCAUAGCAGCACGAUCCCUAUGAAUUUGCACCAAAAAUACUGUCUCCAGGAUAAUGUCCAAGUGUAAAUCUGAAAGGCAAACUGGCAUUUAGUGUGUUCACAAGCUGUUGCUUUAUUCAUGGGCACUGCGUUGCUAAUGUAAAGGCAGUCCUUGUGAGCCAGACCUUUCAAAAGCAGAUGGUGAUUUUGUGUCUCCCACCCAAGACAUGCAAAGAGGGUCUCAUUUCUAGAGAGUGCUGCCUUAACACAAGCCGCCCCUCAGAGACCCAACACCCUCCAAAACACUUCUGAUAAACCUUGACUGCAAUCUGCAGGCAUAGGAAAGCAUGAGAGAAAGAAGAAUUGUUCCAGAAUUUAUUGGGACAGAUUGCUGAGCAGUUCUCAAGGGUUUUUAAAAUCAAUGAGCUGAAAACGGAAGUAGCUAAUCACUUGGCAAUGCUGGAGAAAAAGGUUGAAUUGGAAGGCCUGAAAGUGGUGGAGAUUGAGAAAUGCAAGAGCGACAUUAAAAAGAUGAGGGAGGAAAUGGCAGCCAGAAGCAGCAGGACGAACUGUCCCUGCAAGUACAGCUUUUUGGAUGAAAACAAGAGACCAACUCCCCGGCGGGAUGUACCAUCCUAUCCAAAGUACAUGCUGUCCCAGGAGACCAUUGAAGCACUUCGGAAGCCAACCUUUGACGUAUGGCUGUGGGAGCCCAAUGAGAUGCUGAGUUGCUUGGAGCACAUGUACCAUGAUCUUGGAUUGGUAAAAGACUUCAAUAUCAAUCCUAUUACGUUAAAGAGGUGGUUGCUGUGUAUUCAUGACAAUUACAGAAACAACCCCUUCCAUAAUUUCCGGCACUGCUUCUGUGUGACCCAGAUGAUGUACAGCAUGAUCUCCCUCUGCAACCUCCAGGAGAAAUUUUCCCAAAUUGACAUCUUGAUUCUCAUGACUGCAGCAGUGUGCCAUGACCUGGACCAUCCAGGCUACAACAAUACCUAUCAGAUAAACGCACGGACUGAGCUGGCAGUACGCUACAAUGACAUCUCCCCACUGGAGAACCACCACUGUGCUGUGGCUUUCCAGAUCAUUUCCCAGCCAGAAUACAACAUUUUCUCCAACGUUAACCAGGACCAAUUCAAACAGAUAAGACAGGGAAUAAUUACAUUAAUCCUGGCUACAGACAUGGCGAGACAUGCAGAAAUACUGGACUCUUUCAAGGAAAAAAUGGACAAUUUUGAUUACUCAAAUGAAGAACACAUGACCUGUCUGAAGAUGGUACUGAUAAAAUGCUGUGAUAUCUCCAAUGAAGUCCGCCCGAUGGAAGUAGCAGAGCCCUGGGUAGAUUGCUUACUAGAGGAAUAUUUUAUGCAGAGUGAUAGAGAAAAAUCUGAAGGGCUUCCAGUGGCACCAUUCAUGGACCGUGAUAAAGUGACCAAGCCAACAGCACAGAUUGGCUUUCUGAAGUUUGUUCUCAUCCCCAUGUUUGAAACAGUAACAAAGCUAUUCCCAGAAGUGGAGGAUGUAAUGCUCCAGCCCCUUUGGGAAUCCAGGGACCACUAUGAGGAAUUAAAACAGAUAGAUGAUGCUAUGAAAGAGUUGCAGAAAAAGAAAAGUGACAGUUUGACCACUGGGAGUACUGAAAAGUGAGAUGAAAAAGUCUGAACAAGACACAAGCCCUGAGGUUAUUCUGGUUUUGAGAAGUGCUGUGUUUGCCAAACAGAUGCGGUGGCUACUGGGACCAUGGACACAGAGUGGUGGCAGGCACAGAUGCCUCACAGACCUGUCUGCCUGACUGGGUGCCUUGUCUACAGCCUGCAGCCUGCUCACACUGGCACUGCCAGCGUCAGCACCAAGGAUUCCCCAUGCUCUGGCAUGUCCUCUGCUGUGCACAUUGCACGGGUUUCAGCACAGCUCAAAUCUUCAGCAGGUUUGCCUUUCUGAUGACCACAUUGACUGCAGUGCAUAGAGACAAAGCAGCUUAGCUAAGGAGCCUUUUCUGGAAAACAACCCACUGGCACCCAAAAGCAAACAAAACAGUUGGUUUAGUCAAGAUAUAACAUAAAUGUGUACAGCAGUAUGCUAAUUACAGCAUAGCUUUACAGAUGCUUAUAUUCUGACAAGGGUCCUGGCAUAUACUUUUGUUUGCCUAUUAGGCCCUAAUGACACAUUUCUCUGUAUUACUCUCUGAAUUUUAUAGUGUUCACAUUACAUUCAGAAGCCCAGCAUAGUGGAUGCAUAUUUUUUUUCUACACUAGAAGAAGUCAGAAGAAACCUCAGUGAGUUUGCAGGUUCUUUCUGUGGCCUGGUAUGACUAGACAUCAUGGAAUCCUUCAGCAGGAGCAAAGGGAGUACGAAGCUGAAACCACUGUGCAAGCAAAUUUUUAUCCUCGUGGAUGCAAAAAGCAUCAAUGAGAAAAACCUUCAAAGAUGUACAGAUUUCUUUUUUUUACUUUUAAACUGAUCUGCUAAAUAAUAUAUUCUUCUACAG